GUUUAUGAUGUUAAGUAUUUGUAACUGUACGCUACCCAUUGGUUUGUGUCGAUUCGCGCUCAUUCCUUAGUUGGCUAUUGUCGAUCCCAUUUAUUAUUAAAUGCUAGACAUAGCGAGAAUAUAAUUUAUGGACAAACUAAUUAGAUUCACGAUAAGUGGUCUUGGAUUUCGGCGCGAAAUUCUUUGAGCGUUUAGCUAAAUAUCGUCUUGGCAUUUUAACUCAUGUCAUUUCGUAAUGAAAACCGUCAAUCUAGUCUUUGUCCUUAACCAUCAACUUUAAAUCACAAUCCUUAUCUUUCACACUGGUGUAAAUGCCUAAUUUAGACCUAGUCGUUAGGUGGACAUUCCCAAGGCCACUUUUGCGUCGCUCAAAGGUCGUUUAUAAAUUAGUUUCACCGUUUUUCUCACUUUUUUCUUUGAAUUUUCGACAAAUUGUCGUUGCCGAAUUUACGAAGGGUUGUCUGCUCUUUAUACAUAUACAUAUACAUUUACUACCCACUACCUACUUUAAGUUUGCGUUAAUGCAGAUCGUCUGCUCAUCCCAACUUUCUCCAAGUCCAUAAAAUGUUAUCUUUUUUCUGUUUAUAUUUCUCCCGUGCUCCCCUCUGUAUCUGUCAGUAGACAAUCUUUUCUACUCAGUGGACUUAGUUUAUAAAUAUUAUACGUGAUCAAUGACACUUAUAUACUGGAAAUCAAAUUAUAGCUUACAAGCAUGCAAGGUACCACCUUAUCUCCAUAUUUUGGGGAUUUCCACAAACUCGUGAAAAGUUUGGUAGUUUUCCCUCAAUGUUUCGGGAAAUUUCCGGGAGUGUUAUAAGAUUCUGGGGAAAUAUUUGGGAAAACGCAAACAUUUUGGGGUUUUCUUGCCAUUUCCCCAGAGUUUUUUAUUGCAGCUUUCCCUAAAUUUACCCAAAAAACGGAUAAAUUUUCCCCCAAAAUAGAGAGAUUGAGUAGGUGCCUGCCACACCUAGUUGUAAGUACCGAGACCAGUAAUUUGUCCUAAUUUUAAAUAUGUCAUACAUACUUACUACAUGUCUAAUUGUCCCAAUUUAUCACAUGUAAGUGAAAUAGACAUAUACAUAAUUGAUUGUUUAUUAGAAAAUUAUGAUUGCAAUAUAAUUAAUUUCAAAGUCAGUAUCACCCAAUUGGUACGUUAUUCGGACGCAUAGUAACCGUCCUCUGAGUUCUGAAUUUUGGUAACAAUCACGGUUGUAGAGUUCCAAGCCUUAUAUUAAUGUCACACUUCAAUAUAUCUUUAUUUUUAACAACUGAUAAAGUCAAACCGUACAGUGAUGUUUUUUAACACAACGCUACACCUAGAGGGUAGCAGUAGGUUGUCAUUUCAAAUUAUAACUUACACUACCUUUCCUUCUUCAAUGGCGCUUUUGAAGUUUAUCUCUCAUUUCGCGCCAUAACGGCUUUACGAUCAAGAAUAAAAAAGCCAGCUUUGUUUCGUAUACCGCCGUAAAGCCUGCAGUUCUGAAGGGCUGUUCUAGCCUUAGUGGCAAGUAAUAUAAAGUCGCUAACUACCUCGGGUUUCAUAACAAGAUUUAGCGCAUGGAAGUCAUGCGGUUAUUAUCUGGCAAUCACAAUACCAUCGCCUUCCCAAUCUCUCAACUUUGGGAAAGUUUAGGGGUAUUUUGGGGAAACCCACAAAGUCAAAUGACCUUCACCAAGGUUAAAGGGGGAAUAUUGGGGAAAUUAUUCAGGUCUGGGGAAAUUUCGGGGUUUUAUUGUCGUUUCCCCAAAGUUUGAUAUAGCGGCUUCGCCGAAAUUGGAAGCUCAGGCCUUUGUAAUGUUAGAUAAUGAUAAAAAUAUUAAUGAACCUACAAAUUUGUUUCUCGUGCUUUUCUGAAGACAUGGAUUCAUGGUCCUCACUUCUGGUUGAGGAAGGAAAAUAUUAACGUAAUGAUCCAAUACUGAAUCUCUAUGGAUUAUUACGUGCAUCAGACUUAGACCGUUACACUCAGGCCUAAUAUUGCUGGUGCCAUGUUAUGCAAAGCACUGUGUAGUUUCACAAUUUCAGAACUGAUUUAAAUUGCAAAUAUUACUAAGCCGCGAUCCUGCUGUCAACAGUUGCUGGCGCGUAAGUUGGAGGCUACUUUCGUUGAACUUAAACAUUGACAGAUAUGACGUUCCAACUUGGCAUUCAGUGGUAUUUGUGUGUCCGACGACCUGACACUCGGUUACUGGACGCAACUGUUUCCAGCUUGCAUUUCAGCAAUAUCACUAUCAACGAAAUUAUGCAGGUGCUCUUGUUUCCGUUUCUGUCUCUGCAAAACGUUCACAGGAUUAUUGUAGCCGGAGAAUUUUCUGAACGAUAUCGUUCUUGGCGGUCUGUACGCCGUCUAUAGGAAACACAUGUAUGUUUUUUACCACAGUAGUGAAUAACCUCAGUCUUAGUGAUCGACCACUCGUCAUAUAGUUGAGCACCGUUCUUCAUGUCCAUAUCCAUCAAGUUAGCAGGAUACAUGGAUAGUUCGUCACUGACAAGCCACUUGAUUGCCAUAAUAACUACCUACUUUUUGACAGUUGCAGACUAGUCUUAGGCCUAUAAAUACUUGAAAUUCGCUUUCUAGUUCAAAUUAGUAAUGUGUGGGUAAGCAAGAUGAAAAUUUAUUGAUGUAAAUAUGGAAAAGUCACCUAGGUCAAUGAAAAAUCUAUAUUCUAGUGAUCCGUUGUCAUCUUUAUCAUUAAGUAGUCGGGGUUUAUUGGGGACCUGCUUUUGUAUAGAAAGUUAUUCUAGUGUAUAUAAGCGGAGAUUUUUCAGCCUCUUCUUCAUUGAUAAAGAUAUUUCAGAUUGAUUUGGGAGUCUAUAGACUAAACCUAACCUCCAUAUAUCUAAGGCUUCCAUAAUGUUAAAUUUUGUUUUCCGCCGUUUUUAUUAGUAUAAUGUAACAGUAACAAAUGUCAGCAUAAUUAUUUUAUUUUCCAGUGUAAUCAUGGAAUCCUUAAAAAUGAAUAAUGGUCGUUCAAUUCCAGUCAUUGGUCUCGGAACAUGGAAUAGUCCACCAGGUGAAGUUGGAGUGGCCGUGAAGAAAGCUCUAGAAGUCGGUUACCGACAUGUGGACUGUGCUCAUGUCUACAGAAAUGAAGCAGAAAUAGGUGAAGCACUGGAAGGUGCAUUAAAGAGUCUAAACUUAAACAGAGACGAUGUUUUUGUUACUUCAAAGCUGUGGAAUACUUUCUUCCGCCCUGAGCAUGUCAGGAAAGCCUGUGAAGAAACUUUGAAGAAUUUACGUCUUAAAUAUCUUGAUUUGUACUUAAUUCACUGGCCUGUUCCAUUCCAAUAUGGUGAAUCUCUUUUUCCCACUGAUUCGAACGGAAAUUUCUGUUUAGAUGAAGUACCACAUGAAGAAACUUGGAAGGAAAUGGAAAAACUGGUUGAUGAUGGUUUAGUCAGAUCUAUUGGUUUGUCAAAUUUCAACAAGCGUCAGAUUGAAAAUAUUCUUAAACAUUGCCGUAUUAAACCAUCCAAUUUACAAAUUGAAAUUCAUGCUAAUUUUCCUAACACACAAUUAGUUGAAUAUGCUCAGUCGAUUGGUUUAACUGUAACUGCUUAUGCUCCGCUUGGUUCACCUGCUGCUUCACCAGGAAGGGUUGAUUUACUCAUGGAACCUUGGGUGUUACAAAUUGCUAAACAUCACGGUAAAACACCGGCACAAGUUCUCUUACGUUAUUUAAUUCAAAGAAACUUGAUAGUGGUUCCAAAGUCCGUGACACCAAAACGAAUUGAAGAAAACUUUCGGGUAUUUGAUUUCCAACUUUCGAAAGAGGAAAUGCAUGAAUUAAAUACGAAAGGUUUAAAUGAACGUCAAUUCAAAUUGUUGAAAAUGGCUGGUCAUUCGGAAUAUCCAUUCAAAGACGCUUAUUGAAUAUUCAAUAGAUGGAGCAUAAUUGAACUGUAAGAUUUAAUCUCAUUAUGCUUUUAGAAAAUUGUCUCAGGUGUGCUAAGUUUCAUCACUAAAUAAAAUCUGAUUCGAUUC